UUGUGAUGUAUAAAUGAAAUACUCAACGCUUGAUUUAUCACGCUCUGGCAUGAAAUUGCCGGUUCUUGACAUUAAUUAUCCUCCAGUUUUUCAACAGCAACGGCUACUUUCUCUUAAUUUAAAUCUACUCAAAUUUAUUACACUUCUAUUAACUUAUUGCUGGCUUAUUGCUACAUUAGCAUCCGCCAGUGAAAGGCCAACACUUUAUGCACCAGGAGAUAAUGUUUUGGAAUUGGACAUUAAUACCUUUAAUAGAAGUGUUUAUAAUAAGCCAACAGCAUUUUUUGUGGAAUUCUAUUCCAGUUGGUGUGGUCACUGUAUAGAAUAUAAACCGUUGUAUGUCAAGAUUGCAACUGCAAUGAAAAGAUGGAGAAAAGUUGUGGUUGUUGCAGUACUCAACUGUGCUGAUGAAGUUAAUGCCCCAGUUUGUCGAGAACAUGCAAUUGACGCAUUUCCUUCACUCAAAUAUUUCCAUGUUAAUUCAAAAAAUAAAGAUGAUUCAAUUAAUUUCAAAGACGAUAAAAGAAAUGUAUUACUUGUAACGCAAAGGAUUAGUGAAUAUGCAAAAGGAGACUUUGAUAAGGGCCUUGCACCUCGUUCAUGGCCCAAAUUGGAAUUUGAGAGCGAUACUAAAACUCUUAUUGACUUGUGGAAGGGUCUCGAUUCGUCUGUCAACUUUUUAUCAAUAAUUGUAGACAAGGAAACAGCCUUGAACUCUUUUUCGUUGAUAAUAAAUUAUGCGACGGAUAACCGUAUUCGUCUAAAUUUAUGCUCAAGUACACAUCCAAUUGUUAAAGGUUUGAGUGAUCAAAAUAUUCAAACGCCUGGAUUAAUUAUUUUUGAGAGAAGUAAAAAUGUACCUGUUUUUAUUUCAAAUGACCCUUACAAAUCCUGGGUUGAAAUGCAAGAUAAAUUGGAUGAAUUUCUUGCACCAUAUCCAAAACUACCUGAAAUUCCUUUGGAGACAUUUAAAGAUUCACCAAUUAAUGAUGCCGAAAGAAAAGAAGCCGAAUCAAUUGAAGUGAAUUGGAAGCAGUUUGAAGUUCAAUAUCAAGAUUUAAUUGCCACAAUGCAUUAUUUACUUACUAUUGAAAUUCCCAGGAAUCCUUUUCUUGGAAAUGCAGAAUUACAAACAUUAAAGUCAUUUAUCCAUCUAAUGCGACGACACGGCCCUGGUUCAGUACCUGUUCGUCGCCUUUUCUUUCGUUUGGAUAGCUGGCUUCGGGCACAACAUCAACCAGUGAUUUCUACUGAAAAAUAUUUGUCUAAGGUUGAGCAAUUUCAGACAGAACUUGGUCAUCCAAUACCGGCUAAUGUUUCUUAUCUUGCUUGUCGAGGUUCAAAAUCUCACUUGCGUGGUUUUACUUGUGGCCUUUGGACUAUUUUUCAUAUUUUAACUGUUAGAGCUUACAAAGAAAGAAAAGAUGAUUCAAAAUUUGAUCCUGUUAAAGAAGUACUUGAACCAAUUCAUCAAUUUAUAGUGCAAUUUUUGAGUUGUGAAGUUUGCUCAAAAAAUUUUGAUAAAAUGGCUAAAGAAGAUGGCCUUUUGAAUGUACACAAAUCCGAAGACGUUGUAUUAUGGUUAUGGCGUGGUCAUAAUAAAGUAAAUAAAAGAUUGAAGGGAGAGCCUAGCGAAGAUCCAAUGUUCCCUAAACAACAAUUUCCGCCAGAAAGUAUUUGUGGAGAUUGUAGAAAUUCUGAUGGAAGUUUUAAUGAAGAGAAAGUUUUAAAAUUUUUAUUGAAUUAUUAUAAUGAAGUGAAAAUUGAUAAAUAUAAGGCUCCAGCAUACAAAGUUAGUGAAUUUUCGAAUGGGAAACUUGAUAAGGUUGCAGAACGCAGAUUAAAUCCAAAAUUCGAUCCUAUGGCUGGAAAGGUUGACAAAUUGGAAGAAAUUGAAGCAAAAAUACGUGAACAAGAGGAUAAAAUGAUUGGUGGUUGGAAUGCCGCGGACGAUGAAUUUAGAGGUAAAUAG